GCCGACGGUGGAGCCAUUUUAGAAUAUCACAGAAGGUUGAGUGCCUUGUCAGUCUUUUCAUCGUACAUCAGGCACCGUGAGAUUUGAGUAAAUCCAUUUUUUCGUUGAGUGAGGUGGAUUUACGUAUAUUGUAAAGAAUGGCAGAUUUUCUGGAUACUGAGGCUGAAGAGAGCGAGGAGGAAGAGGAGUUGGAUUAUACUGAAAAGAAGAAAUUAAAGAAAUUAAAGACUGUGGAGGAGAGUGAUGAGGAGGAAGAAGAUGAUGAGGACCGACUUCGUGAAGAACUGAAAGAUCUUAUUGAUGAUAAUCCUAUAGAGGAAAGUGAGGGAGAGGAUAGCGAUAAUUCAGGUGGUUCUAAGAAACGUAAAAAAAGUGAUGAUGAAGAUUUUGAUGACCGCCUUGAGGAUGAAGAUUAUGAUCUCAUAGAAGAGAAUUUAGGUGUUAAAGUUGAAAGGAAACGCUUCAAGCGCUUGCGAAGAAUACAAGAUGAAGAAUCUGAGGAGGAACAAGAACAAGAGGCUGAUGAGGAAAGAGAUGCAAUUGCAAAUGAACUAUUUGAGGGUUCCGGUGAUGAAAGGGAUGGAUUGGUGGAGGAUGAACGGAGAAGUGAACGGAGUCACAGGCCUGAGGCAGAAACAUUUGAUGAGGAAGGAAGUGAAGGUGAAUACUCAGAUGCAGAUGAUUUCAUUGUGGAUGACGAUGGGAGACCUAUCGCAGAAAGGCGAAAAAGGAAAAAGCAUAUAUUCUCUGACGCGGCUCUUCAAGAAGCUCAGGAUAUUUUUGGUGUGGACUUCGACUAUGAUGAAUUCGGGAAAUAUGGUGAGGAAGAUUACGAGGAAGAAGAGGAAGACGAAGAGGAUGAAUACGUUGACGAUGACGGGGAUGGAGAGAGACCACGGCGUCCGAAGAAGCAACCAAAGAAGAAGCCUACAAAAAAGAGUAUUUUUGAAAUAUAUGAGCCAAGUGAACUCAAGAGAGGUCAUUUUACGGACAUGGAUAAUGAAAUUCGAAAUACAGAUAUACCAGAGCGAAUGCAACUUCGUUCGGUACCAGUUACUUCUGUACCAGAAGGUUCCGACGAAUUAGACCUCGAAGCAGAAUGGAUUUAUCAACAGGCAUUCUGCCGACCAACAGUAUCAAUUCAAGAUGCACACUUAAACGCCGAAGCAAAAGAACGAGCACGAAAAGGACCACAAACAGUUGGAAAGAUCAAGAAGGCUUUAGAUUUCAUGAGAAAUCAACACUUUGAAGUACCAUUCAUUUCCUUCUAUAGAAAGGAAUACGUUCUCCCAGAACUCAACAUUAACGACCUCUGGAAAGUAUACAAAUUUGACGCUAAGUGGUGCCAGUUACGUCAAAGAAAAGAAAACUUGUUGAAACUCUUUGAGAAAAUGCGAAACUAUCAGCUUGAUGAAAUUAUGAAGAACCCAGACGCUCCACUUCCUGACAAUGUGCGCGUCAUCCGGGAGGAAGACAUAGAUCGUUUGAAGAAUGUUCAAACUAGCGAUGAGCUGAAUGACGUUCAUCAUCAUUUCAUGCUGUAUUACAGCCACGAAAUACCAGCAAUGCAGGAGACCGUCAGAAAGAAAGAAAGGGAGGCUAGACGCGAAGCAAGAAUUCAAAGAAGAAGACAGCAAAUCGCAGAAGCGGAAGAGAACGGUGAGGAACCUCCACCGGAGGACGAGAUAGAUGUAGAGGAGGAGGAUGAACCAGAUGAAACUCUGAAACAAGCGGUAAGAACCGGUCCGUACUCAAUCUGCAGAAAGGCGGGCUUGGAUGGUCUUGCAAAGAAAUUCGGUCUGACUCCAGAGCAUUUUGCUGAAAACCUACGUGACAAUUAUCAGCGUCACGAAGUCGACCAGGAUCCUACGGAACCGUCGACAGUAGCGCUUGACUUCUGCGGUGCAAAGUUCAAGACUCAUGAAGAAGUUCUCAAGGCUGCACAACUGAUGGUUGCCAUACAGUUAGCACGCGAACCUUUAGUGCGAAAAUGUGUUCGCGAGAUGUACAUGGAAAGAGCAAAAAUAUCUGUUCAUCCUACGAAAAGGGGUAUUAAGGAGAUAGAUGAAAAUCAUCCGAUCUACGGAAUGAAGUACUUGAAAGACAAACCCGUGCGGGAUCUUGAUGGUGAUCAAUUUUUGAAAUUGUCGAUUGCUGAAGAAGAUAAACUUAUUACGAUCACCAUGAGCGACACCAUCGAAGGAAAUACUAGCAGUAAUUACGUGGAAGAAAUGAAGCAGCUUUAUUACAGGGAUGAAUUUAGUAAGACUGUCCAGGACUGGAAUGCUUUGAGAGUGGGUAGCGUAGAAAUGGCGCUAACGCGUAUGGUCAUACCGGACCUUAAGAAAGAACUGAGGUCGAAUCUUAUUGCUGAAGGAAAAGAGUGCGUACUGCGUGCUUGCUGUCGCAAGAUGUACAAUUGGAUAAAGGUAGCACCGUAUAGCUGUGAAUUUCCUGAAGAGGAGGACGAGGAGUGGGACACUAGCAAGGGACUUCGUGUAAUGGGUAUUUCCUAUGUGCCUGAUUACUCUCAAGCUGCAUUUACCUGCCUUGUAGCGCCAGAUGGGGAGUGCACUGAUUACUUGAGGCUUCCACAUCUCCUAAAAAGAAAGAACGGCUUCCGGGAGGAUGAGAAGAUGAUGAAGGAGGCUGACCUUUUGGCUAUUCGAAACUUCAUAGCUACCAAAAAGCCUCACGUUGUUGUUAUUGGUGGAGAGUCACGAGAAGCAAUGAUGAUAGCUACAGACUUGAAGGAGGUUAUCGCUACUCUUGUAGAAGAUGAACAAUUCCCUUCUAUUCAGGUGGAGAUAUGUGACAACGAGUUAGCUAAAAUUUAUUCGAACAGCAAUAAAGGUAUCGCAGAAUUCCGUGACUAUCCGGAGCUUCUUCGUCAAGCUAUAUCACUCGCAAGAAGAAUGCAGGAUCCUCUUGUUGAAUUCUCACAGCUGUGUACCGCUGAUGAGGAAAUACUUUGUCUGAGGUAUCAUACCCUCCAAGACCAGAUAAGCAAGGAAGAACUUCUGGAGAAUCUCUAUCUUGAAUUCGUGAAUCGGGUUAAUGAAGUUGGUGUGGAUGUUAAUAAAGCUGUUCAACAGGCUUACGCAGGUAACCUCGUGCAAUUUGUAUGCGGCUUGGGCCCUAGGAAAGGUCAGGCCCUAAUAAAGAUGCUCAAACAAACUAAUCAAAGAUUAGAAAACAGGACGCAGCUGGUAACAGCUUGUCACAUGGGACCAAAGGUUUUUAUAAACUGUGCUGGUUUCAUUAAAAUAGACACAAACAGUUUGGGAGACAGUACAGAAGCAUACGUGGAGGUACUUGAUGGUUCUCGUGUGCAUCCUGAGACGUACGAGUGGGCAAGGAAAAUGGCUGUGGAUGCUUUGGAGUACGACGAUGAGGACGCAAAUCCUGCUGGAGCUCUUGAAGAAAUUCUCGAGUCUCCUGAGAGGUUGAAGGAUCUCGAUCUGGACGCUUUUGCCGAGGAACUGGAAAGACAGGGCUUUGGAAACAAGUGCGUUACACUCUAUGAUAUCAGAGCAGAAUUAAACAGCAGAUACAAGGAUUUGAGAGUGCCCUAUCAGUCUCCAAGUGCUGAGAAAUUAUUCGACAUUCUUACAAAAGAAACUCCAGACACAUUUUACAUAGGUAAACUGGUCUUAGCCUCCGUCGUCGGAAUCAGCCACAGGAAGCCGCAGGGUGAACAGCUGGACCAAGCGAAUCCUGUACGAAACGAUGAAACUGGCCUUUGGCAAUGUCCCUUCUGUUUGAAGAACGACUUCCCUGAACUGUCUGAAGUGUGGAAUCAUUUUGAUGCUGGCGCUUGCCCGGGAAAGGCUACGGGCGUAAGAUUGCGUCUGGACAAUGGAAUAUCUGGGUACAUUCACAUUAAGAAUUUGUCCGAUAGGCACGUCGCUAAUCCAGAGGAAAGAGUGGGCAUCGGUCAGAUAAUUCAUUGUCGAAUCAUUAAAAUCGAAGUCGAGCGAUUCAGCGUUGAGUGUACCAGCAAGAGCAGUGAUCUUGCUGACAAGAACCAUGAGUGGAGACCACAGAAGGAUCCUUUCUACGACACUGAAGCAGAGCAAAAGGACUUGAAAGUGGAAGAGGAGGCUAAGAAAGCAAAGCAGAGGCAAACUUACGUGAAACGCGUUAUAGUUCAUCCGUCGUUCCAUAAUAUUAGCUUUGCUGAAGCAGAGAAGCUUAUGCAACAUAUGAAGCAAGGAGAAGCUAUAGUCAGACCAAGUAGCAAGGGUGCGGAUCAUCUGACAGUUACCUGGAAGAUAACGGAUGAUAUCUAUCAACACAUUGACGUACGAGAAGAAGGCAAGGAGAAUGCUUUUUCUCUUGGACAAAGCCUGUGGAUUGGAAAUGAGGAGUUCGAGGAUUUAGAUGAAAUAAUUGCUCGACACGUUAAUCCAAUGGCUGCGUAUGCUUCCGAGUUAUUAGAUUUUAAGUACUAUAAACCAAACAUUGAUGGUCUAAAAGACAAAGCAGAAGAGAUAUUGAAGGACCAGAAAAAAGAGAAUCCUGGUGGAAUUCCAUACAUCAUAUCUGCUGCCAAAAGUUAUCCAGGAAAAUUUUUGCUCUCUUAUUUACCAAGAGUACGAUGUCGCCACGAAUACGUCACUGUAUCCCCAGAAGGGUUUAGAUUCCGUGGACAAAUGUUUGGCAGAGUUAACGACCUGUUCCGCUGGUUCAAGGAACACUUCAGAGACCCAGUACCAGGUCAGGCAACACCUAGCACUCCACGUGGAGCUAUGACCUCCAGGACACCGUAUCAUACAACUCCAGGUGUUAAUGUCAGCGGCAUGAACCAGGAAGCCAUACAAAGAGUUGCACAGAAUCUUCCACAUCACAUGAUUCAUUCUUUGUCUCAAGUGGCAAAUCAAACUCCUCAUCAUUAUCCUCCGCAUACUCCAGGAACAGCCGGAGCUACCGGCUAUGGCGGAAUGCAUACUUAUCCAAAUACUCCCUACACACCUUCCGGACAGACGCCAUUCAUGACACCUUAUCAAACACCACAUCAUACUCCUCAUCACGCUCAACCAACACCCAGGUAUUCACAACACAGCCAGCACGGGCAACACGGGCAACAGACUCCUAGCCAUCAUCAAGGUCCCUUCUUACAUCCUGGUCCACCUACCGUGACACCCGUUCACCAUAGAAGCACUCCGUCCCAUCGACCAACACCUCCUAUAGGAACACCAUCCGGCGAUCCAAUGGAUUGGAAAAAGGCUGCCGAAGCUUGGGCUAGACUCAAGCAAACGAUGCCAAGGAUGUCUGGCGGCACACCACGGUAUGAAGACUCCAGGAAAACCCCAAGAGGAUAUGAAGAGUCCUCAGGAAGAGCAACACCCCGCAACAGACCACCAUCGGCUCGCACUCCGUCGUACAAGUCACCCCGAGGAACACCGCACACGAAUUCUAGUCCUCGGAGUAUGUCUCUAAGUGGAGACGGUACUCCUCUCUACGACGAGAGCUAACAUGAUUAAGCAUUAUUGUCCAUAGUAUACUGUCUAUUAUUAUUAUUAUAUUAUUAUGAAAUAUAGAUCGAAGUAAACAAGUGAGUGCAACUGGAAACGAAAUCGAAGCACUACUUACAUUCCAAAUAUUACGUGUCAAGUUGGUGAUUGUCUCUAAUAUUUAUAAUUGAAUUACCACAAUGCAGGGGUUUUUGUUAAUUGUAAUUAUGCGCUUUAGGUCAUUUAGCUAGCUCCCGGUCUGUUAUCACUGGAUUGCUGAUAAUAUAAUCUAUUCAGUUAAACGAGAAAUCACAGAUUUUAAAAACAUUGUAUUUUAACAUAGAGAAAUUUUACAAGUCAUAAAACAUGGCUACGCCUU